AUGCAAACACUUAUAAGUGUUGAUAUAUUGACACCUGCAUUUCACUUUCCCUCGACUUACCAAAAGAGUGAGAUAUUCUCAUUGUGUCGGGCAAACAUUGGUACUGAAGAUCUUGAGUUUAUCCCUAUCAAUAGUCACCGUAUUGGAAUGGUUAUCUUAGAUUCUAAAUUUAAUAUGGAAUCAAUUGAAUGGGUAUAUCAACAGAAUUGUUCAUUCGUCACACAGUUACAAAGAGCGACGGAAUCACUACAGGUCUUUCAAGAGAGAAUUAUGAAGGACCAACAAACGAUUCUCGAGUUGAAACGUGAGGUAUCGUCGCUCAAGAAGAUAGAGAAUGACUUGAUGUUGAAACUGGAGGAGCAGAUCGAGUUGCAUCGUGAGUCAGAGGCAAAGGCAGAGGAAAUCAUUUUGGACCUACAGCAUCAACUGCUCAAUACAAUCAACUAUUUGAAGAUGGUACAACAGCAUUCCAGUCAACAUCCUAUCACUGUAACAAAUUAUAACAACCAUAGAGCGAACGACCUAUUCAGACCUUCACGACUACAUCUUCCUGUUCUCUUGAAUUCUGUAUCAUUUGAAAAUCUAAAAGCAAACAUCAAUCAACAUGCUGCUGAAACUGCUGCUGCUACCGCUGCAACUGUUAUGUCAAACCCUAACAACAGCAAUAGUAGUAGUAGUAGUAAUAAUAAUAAUAUUAAUAAUACUGAUAUUGAUGAAAAUAUCAAUAUUUUCAAUGAGAAGAAACAGCAACAACAAGAUCAACAAAAUCAUCAUCAACAACAACUAUCUUCAAAUUCUAAAAGUUAUGAUUCUUCAGAUGAUGGGGAUAUCGAUGUUAAAGUAAAUAAUGAAUGUAUUAAUAAUAAUAAUUGUAGUAAUAAUAGUAGUAGCAGUAAUGAUAAUAGUAAUUGUAAUAGUAAUAGUAAAUCAUAUGAUAAUUCAAAUAUACCAAUGAUAUCAAUAAAUAAUAUAAUAGUAGCAAGUAGCAGUAUUAGUAGUCCAAAUUUGAUAAAUUCAUCGAGUUCAUCAGUUUUUACACCACCAUCAACACCAAAGACAAAGUGUUUUGAUUUGAAUAUUGCAAUGUCAGCGGGUAAAACUAAACAGAGGAGACCAAUUGAAAAAGAAAUCAUCAAGAGAAAUGAAGUAUUUAAAGCCGCCACGGAGGAAACUACUACGUUCUUACUAUGUGUUGGGUAUGAUGGUUUGUUAAUGGACAUUAGACUGUUGGGUGUUUGUUGUACAAAUGAAUUUCUAUUGAUAUGUUCGAUAUUUCCAUUUAUACUUUUAUGUAAACUCUAUUUAAUUUAA